AUGUCGAACAUUAUCAACAAGGUCAAGGACGCCCUCCACUCCGACAAGGACAAGACCCACGAGGCUCCCCAAGGCUCUCACGGUCCUCACAACUCCAGAGUUGCCAACACUGCCGACCCCCGUGUCGACAGCGACCGUGACCACCGCGCCAACCCCACCACUCACUACGGUGAGGGUGCUGCUGCUCGUCCCCAUGAGGGUGUAGGCUCUACCGGUUUCGGCUCGACCGGUACACACACCGGAACACACACCGGUGCCCACACCGGCACUCACGCCGGAGGUAUUGGCUCCACUGGCGCCUACGACACAGCCGAGGGUGUUCACGGUCCCCACGGAUCCCGCAUGGCCAACGCUGCCGACCCCCGUAUUGACUCUGACCGCGACCACCGUGGCGCUCCCGGCCACACUACCGGCUUGGGCAGCUCUGGUCUCGGUAGCAACACCCACUCUGGCAUUGGCGCCACCGGUACUCACGGUACACACGGUACCCACUCCAGCGGCCUGACUGGCUCAACUGGCUACGGCUCCAAUGCCCCCGAGGGUACUUACGGCACACACAACUCUCGCGUCGCCAACGCCGCCGACCCCCGCAUCGACUCUGACAGAGACCACCGCGGCACUGCUGCUACGUCUCACGUCGGUCCUGCUCAGAACACCGCCGGACCCCACAAGUCUGACAUGUUGAACAAGGUUGACCCCCGUGUUGACAGCGACCUCGACGGCUCCAAAACUGUUGGCAAGGAUCAAACUCACCGCUACUAG